UGACGGUUUAGCUACAGCCACAUUUACAGCAACGCCACAACUGCCGCUUUCAAGAUGGCGGCGCCCGUAAUAGAAACAUGCCAUGUAGCUUGUUGUGCAAAUAGGACACCAAAUGUUGUUUCUUGGAGUCGUGCAGGCACUAUUGCUUUUGGGACAUGUAACUCCGUGGCUCUGUACGACCCACAGGAGAGACGAGUUGUUGCCGUGCUGAAUGGACACACAAGUAGAGUGAAUACAGUCCAGUGGAUUCACAGAAAGGACUGUGCUCCAGAGAGUCAUCUUGUCUCAGGAGCCUCAGACAACCGGCUAAUCCUCUGGGAGGCUCAAAAUGGGAAGUUCAUCCUGUCAGUGGAGUGUAAGGGACAUACUGGUCCAGUUUGUGCUGUGGAUGCCAUCUAUGUGGAGGACUCAAAGAUCCUGGUGGCCUCCUCUGCAUCAGACUCCACACUCAGACUGUGGCAAUUUAAUGAAGUCAAAGAAGCUGAGUGCCUCCAUACCUUAUCAUUUGGCAGCAGUUUCAUGAUGGAUGUCUCUCUGGCGCUGUUACCAGGCAGCAGGGUUCCCAUACUGGCCUGUGGGGGGGAUGACUCUCAGGUGCAUCUGUACGUGCAGUCCAACGGACAGCUCCAGAAAGCCAUGUCACUUCAAGGACAUGAAGACUGGGUUCGUGGAGUGGCAUGGGCAUCUCUAGGUGGGGAGCUGUUAUUAGCCAGCUGUUCACAGGACUGUCUCAUUAGAGUGUGGAGGCUGUGUGCCAAGUCUGGGACAGACGCCCGCACAGAGGACGAUCACACCAUCAUCAAAAUGAAAGAGGACAUUUUUGAAGUGAAGGAGAGAGUGUUUGCUGUAUCUCUUGAGACGGUCCUUGCAGGCCAUGAGAACUGGGUCUAUGGAGUCCACUGGCAGCCACCUCUCUACAAAGGUGGUGAGCUGAAACAGCCUCUCAGUCUGCUCUCUGCCUCCAUGGACAAAACCAUGAUCCUCUGGGCUCCUGAAGAGGGAUCUGGAGUCUGGGUGGAGCAGGUGCGUGUAGGGGAGGUUGGAGGCAACACUCUGGGUUUCUAUGGCUGCCAGAUGAGUCCGGAUGGCUCCAUGAUUGUGGCUCACGCUUUUCAUGGAGCGCUACAUCUCUGGUGCAAACACCAAGAGAAAGAGGGAGAAUGGAGGCCUGGGGUUGUGAUAUCGGGUCACUUUAAUGCAGUCCAGGACCUGAGCUGGGAUCCCGAGGGUGAGUUCAUCCUCAGUGUGGGCUCAGACCAGACCACCAGACUCUUCACUCCAUGGAGGAAACAAGAUGCCAAACAGGAAACCUGGCAUGAGAUCUCACGGCCGCAGAUCCAUGGAUACGACAUGCAGUGUCUUGCCAUGGUUGGAAGGUUUCAGUUUGUGUCUGGAGCUGACGAGAAGGUCCUGCGAGUGUUUCAAGCGCCGCGGAAUUUUGUGGAGAACUUUGCUAAUAUCUCUGGGAGCUCCAGAGAAAAGCUGUUGACAUCUACUGACUGCGCCAGCCUUCCAGAAGGAGCCAGCACACCUGCCUUGGGUCUCUCCAACAAGGCUGUAUUUCAAGGCGACCUUGUCCCAAAAACCAAUGAAGAAGAAGGGCAGUUCAACAGCUUAUCUGAUCAAUACCGGGAGUCUUACUUCCACCCGCUUAUCAUGACUGAGCCCCCACCAGAGGAUCACCUUCUCCAGAACACACUCUGGCCUGAGGUACAGAAACUGUACGGCCAUGGCUUUGAGAUGUUCUGCCUCGCUGCAGACAGCGCUAGGACGGUAGUAGCCUCUGCAUGCAAGGAAGAAGAUAUGGCUAGGAGGGAGAAAGGGAAGACAGUAUAUAAAACAAGGAGAAAUACAGCAUCUAAAGCUGAGCAUGCAGCAGUUCUGCUGUGGAGUACAGCCACAUGGCGUCAGCUGCAGACGCUGCCCUGCCAUUCCCUCACCGUCACCCAGAUGGCCUUCUCCCCCGAUGCACAACUCCUUUUGGCCGUGUCCCGUGAUCGCACGUGGUCUUUAUGGAGACAGAACCUGCCCACGCCUGAAAGUCCAGAGCUGCAGUUUUCGCUGUAUGCACACACAGGGAAGGACACAGCCAUACACAGCCGAAUAAUCUGGUCAUGUGACUGGAGCCCAGACUGCAAAUACUUUGUGACAUCCAGUCGGGACAAGAAGGUAAUAGUGUGGGGCCCGUGCAGAUUAAAGGACUCUGGAGACUCUGUGCUUCCUCCUGAGAUUCAGCCAUGUUCUUCCAUCUUGGAUGUGGGUGAUUCUGCUACUGCUGUGGCCUUCUGCCCCGUGCUUUGCUCCGAUAACAGCUACCUGCUUGCAGUUGGCCUGGAGUGCGGCAGGAUCUUGCUAUACAGAUGGAGUCCUAGCCAGGAGGCUGCUGGAGGACAUGACUGGAGCAGCUGUGGAGCAACGGACAUGUCACAAAGCCACUCUUUAGCGGUCAAGAGGCUUCGCUGGAGGCCGAGGCCCGGCCGGGCAGGUCGAGACGACGACAACAAGAAGGAUGGACAGACUGACAGUGAGAGUGAAAUCAAGGGGCAGAGCUCCUGGGUCCAGCUUGCCAGCGCCAGUGCCGACCACUCUGUCAAAAUCUUCAACAUCAACAAACGGGCUCUUUAGCACCACCAACACUGACACUAUUAUGUCUCUCACACGCAGAGAGACACUUGGACUGAGGGCCACAGGCCUGACUGUGGCACCAAGGCCACAGCUGCUUGCUGGCAAGCCAUUCAAUCCCUGUGACAGCCAGUUAAGUCAUGGGUCAGUCGCAGGACAAACCCACAGCACACAUGCCCUGCAGUGUGUCUGCACACAGCUGAACGGAUUUGAUGGGUGGAAGCAAGAUGGUGAACACACCAUGACCCUAGGGUGGUAUUUUGCUUCAACAACACUUCAUAGUGUUUUAGAUUCAGAGAAGAUGACACUGCUGGAUCACUAUACAGAUUGCAUAUUUAGAGUGGUUAUCCAAGUAAACAUUUAUACGGUAAACGGAUGCUUUUCAGUAAGAAAUCAAGUAAGUGAUCACGCUAUUCUCCCUGGUUGUUAAGGGUGUUAUUAAUCUCUCAGAUAUGUGUAUUUGUUUUAUGAAAUUAAUUGGUUUGUAUAUCCAAAUUGUCUUUGGUCUCUCAAUGAUGUUCAUGAAUAAAGUCGCUGUUUCUGCCAGGCA